CCGCAAGGAGUGGCACUUUUUAAAAGUGCAGCCCCAGGCCAGCGUGUAGCAGGCGGCACCUCUGUUCAGGGCCUGGUCCUUUUCCCUCUCAGUCGCGCGUGUCUCCAGUUCCACGGCAGUUCAGCCUGCACCAUGCCGGUGAAAGGAGGUAUCAAGUGCAUCAAAUACCUGCUCUUCGGAUUUAACUUCAUCUUUUGGCUUGCGGGCAUUGCUGUCCUCGCCACUGGACUAUGGCUCCGAUUCGACUCCCAGACCAAGAGUAUCUUCGAGCAAGAAACUAAUCAUUCCAGCUUCUACACAGGAGUGUACAUUCUGAUUGGAGCUGGGGCCCUUAUGAUGCUGGUGGGUUUCUUGGGCUGCUGUGGGGCUGUGCAAGAGUCCCAGUGCAUGCUGGGAUUGUUCUUUGGUUUUCUCUUGGUGAUAUUUGCCAUCGAGAUAGCUGCGGCCAUCUGGGGCUAUUCCCACAAGGAUGAGGUGAUUAAGGAAGUCCAGGAAUUUUACAAGGACACCUACAACAAGCUGAAGAACAAAGAUGAACCCCAACAGGAAACACUCAAAGCCAUCCAUUAUGCGUUGAACUGCUGUGGCUUGGCUGGGGGUGUGGAGCAGUUUAUCUCUGACAUCUGUCCCAAAAAGGACUUUGUUGAAAGCUUCCAGGUUAAGUCCUGCCCCGAGGCCAUCAAUGAGGUCUUCAAUAGCAAGUUCCACAUCAUUGGCGCUGUGGGCAUCGGCAUCGCUGUGGUGAUGGUUUUCGGCAUGAUCUUUAGCAUCAUCCUGUGCUGUGCUAUCCGCAGGAACCGCGAGAUGGUCUAGAGUCAGCCUACACCCCGAGCAGGAACAUUGCCCCCUGAAGACUGUUGGGCUGUUUGUUUGGUUUUGUUUUUUUUGCCACUAAUUUUAGUAUCCAUUAUCCAUUUCUAAGCAAGAGUUAUCCUGUAUUGUCUUUUUAAUGCUUUAUUCGAUAUUGACAUUUGUAGUUGAGAGAUCUGGGGGUUUGCUUUGAUAUUUUUUUGGUGGUUUAUUUUUGCUUGUUAUGUUGAGCAGUUAUCCUGCAAUGAAAGGUACUAUAUUUACCAGACUCUAGACAAAAGAUAUUGUACAUAAAGAGAAUUUUUUUGCCUUUAAAUAGAUAAAAAAGAAAAAAUGUCUAUCAGAUUUAAUCAGGUUGUAAGUUAUAUUGAAGACAAUUUGAUACAUAAUAAAAGAUUAUAACAAUA